AUGUCCGAUGGUGAAUACAUCACAGAUGGGCCCCUCUUGGAUCUAGCCGACCUUGAUUGGCGCGAAGAUAUUAUCCCUUUUGAACACAUCCUUAUCCAGCCAUAUUGCCUUCCUGAUCCGGAGCCAUCACUAUCAGACAAACCACAAGUACCAGACAGUGUACUACCGGAGUCUGCUGCAGACAUUCGCUUGGCUGAGCUGAAUUUAGAAACCUUGCUGUUAGACGCAAACCCUUGCCUCCCUGCCCCCUAUCCGCUGUCGGUUCAUCCUACCCUUUAG